AUAGCAAAGUUAUUUUGUUCAUCACUUGUAGUUUAUCAAUGAUACUUUAAGUAUUUAUCGUGACGUGUACCUUCGUUGACGUAUACAUAAAGUAGUGCAAUACCAAAUAAAAAUUAUUGUAAUAUAAGCAUCACAUAUUAUCAGUUGUUUUUUAAAGAAAAAUUUAUGCAAAAUGUCUUUAUAUCCAACGCUCGAGGACAUGAAAGUAGAUCAUAUGAUGAAGGCUCAACUACAAAGAGAAUCACAAUAUAAUGUUCCACCUAUAUCACAUGAACAAACUGGUCCAUCUGCACCUGUUUAUAAUUCUCUUUCUACUGCAUUGUAUCCUUCAUUGGGAAAAUAUAUGGAUUUAGAAUUUACUGAAGAAAUGAUAGCACAAAAUAUGCCUGAAUAUUCUCUUGUAAAUCGUACUAUGACAGUAAAUAAUUCUACAACUUCAGGUUCUUUACCAGGCAUAAUUGCACCUUUGUCUGGACAAUCUUUAGGACUACAGAGAGCACAAGUUACAAAUGGAAUAAGAGAAUUGAUACUAUGCAAAGAUAAAGAUGGGAAAAUUGGUUUAAGAGUGCAUGCUGUAAAUAAUGGCAUCUUUGUAUGCCUAGUAAGUCAAAAUUCACCUGCUGCACUUGCUGGAUUACGAUUUGGAGAUCAAAUUUUGAGUAUCAACGAUGUUUUUGUUGCUGGAUAUACAAUGGAACAAGUACAUAAAAUGUUACGAAAUGCUGAUAUUAAUGGUAUUAAAGUAGUAGUAAGAGAUAGACCAUUUGAACGCACAGUGACAAUGCACAAGGAUAGUACGGGACAUAUUGGAUUCCAAUUUAAAAAUGGAAAAAUAAUUGCAUUAGUAAAAGAUUCUUCAGCUGCUAGAAAUGGACUUUUAACAGAUCACCAAAUAUUGGAAGUUAAUGGAAAGAAUGUUAUAGGUUUAAUGGAUAAAGAAAUAACGGCAGAAAUUGAAAAUGGUGGAAAUAUAAUCACAAUAACAAUUAUUCCAUCAUAUAUUUAUGAUCAUAUGAUUAAAAAAAUGAACAACAGUUUAUUGAAAACUUUAAUGGAUCAUUCUGUGCCAGAUGUUUAAGAUAAAGACCAGGUAUAGUACUGCGUUUAUAUUUACAGUAUUGAUAAACAUUUUAAUUAAUAUCUUUAUAAUAGUUAUGUCUUAAUUUUUUAACUAAAAAAAAUAUAAAAAAAAUAGUUGAAGUUUCUCAUAGAUAUA